UAGGUUGAGCAGGCCGGGGGUCCUAGUAUAUUUUGACUGCUUCUCAGGUGAGGCAUUUCGUUCAGGAGCUGUUUCACUUUCUCCGAGUUUCCUAACACACUCGCGGUGAGCCUGGGGCUGAUAAACUCAAAAAACAAUACUCACAAGCCCAACCAUCACGGCAACAUGAGCAAAAAGAAAAAGGACUGGAAGGUGGAAAAAGAACGUCUACAGAGUCUGGGACUUGAAGAAAGGCGCAAAGAAUAUCGAGGAAAUUAUGUCCCACUGGAGAAAAUUCCCACGUGGAAAAAAUCAAAACAGGAGAAAAGUAAAUAUAAAGAAGAAGUGUCUGAAGUGGCAGCAUUUCAUCUGAGUGACAAAGUUUCCCUCUACAAAGGAGACAUCACUACCCUUGAAGUUGAUGCUAUCGUGAAUGCUGCAAACUCCAGUCUCCUGGGAGGAGGAGGAGUGGAUGGCUGCAUACACCGGGCUGCUGGUCCCUGCCUGUUUGAUGAGUGCCAAACCCUGAAUGGCUGUGAUACUGGACAAGCCAAAAUCACCAGUGGCUAUGAUCUGCCUGCAAAGUAUGUGAUACACACAGUGGGGCCUGUAGCACGAGGCCAUGUUGGAAAGACUCAGAGGGAACUUCUAGCAAAUUGCUAUGAAAACUCCUUGAUGCUGCUAAAGGAAAAUGGCUUAAGAUCUGUGGCCUUCCCUUGUAUAUCAACUGGCAUUUAUGGCUUUCCUAAUGAGCCAGCUGCUGAUAUUGCCCUUGAGACUGUCAAGAACUGGAUCAAGAAAAAUAACGAUGAGAUUGAUCGUGUCAUAUUCUGCAUCUUCCUGGAGACAGACUUCAGGAUCUACAAGGAAAAAAUGUCAGACUUUUUCUCUGAAGAAAAUAACAUAAAUGAAGAUGCAGCUGAGGAACCAACUAAGGAGGAAGGUAAGAAGUACACACCCCCUGUCAAGAAACCCAAAAAGAAGAAAUCAAGCAGAGGUGAAGACAGCAAUGAAGAAGAAGAAGAUGAAAAAGAUGAGCCUGCAGAUGCAGAAAUGGAGAGCCUUAAAGAUGAGGAUAACAAACCUGACAACACAGAUGCUGCAGAUGCUGAAAUGGAGAGCCAGAAAUUAGAAGCUGAAAAUACUGUGAAUUUGGAAGAACAGAAGGAAGAAAAUGAGGAGGAAGACAAGGUCUCUGCUCGAGAUAAGAAUACAGAAGAGGACAAGCUUUCAUUGGAACACAGCCAAGGAGAUGAAUCAAUGGAGGAUCCUGAGAUCACUGAGGUACAAAGUGAGAACAGCUCAAACCAGGAUGAAGGGAAGUCUCAGUCAGCAGAGGUGGGAACAGAGGCACCGGAGAGCCACGAACAGACAGCAGAUCCCACAGGUGUUGCCAAAGAGACCUGCAUAUCAGGAGAGCCAAUGGAUGGAACAGGCUCAGCCUCAAAUGGAACAUCACCAAGCAAACAAGAAACCAACGAUAUCAAUGAAGCUGAAAUGAACACUCAAGUAGAGGACUCACAAGAAUUUGAAUCAACUCCAACAGAAAACAGUCAGUCCAAAGAUUAUGUGGGCAAAUUGAAGGACCCAUGAAGAGGCUAAGAAGGCAGUUUGAAUGCAUUUUGAGAGACGUCAGAUUGUGUGAAGGCACACAUUUCACCAAUAUGUACACACUGGGAGGAUUCUUAUAGGCUAGGAAGAUGGAGUAUGAAUUCAUUAACGUUUAUGUAUCAUGAUUUUUAAAAUCGCUUUCCUUCAUAUAUAAAUAUAUCUAUAAAAAACAUAUCAGAGGUUUUGUAGGUGAAUGAUGUUCAGAAUGAAAUCAUAUGCUUAGCACUGAUUGCAGUUGCCACAAGCUAUAAAAAAGAAUAUCCUUUGGCUAGAUGAUGACGUUUUGUGUCAAUGGUGCAUCUGAGAGUAGAUAAGCCGUCCUGUUGCUUAUACUGUAUUGUUCUGGAGCUAUGUAUGCCAGUGACUGCCAAUCGUCCAUACUCAGAGCACAUCUACGUUAAAUUUUCAGUUCAUCUACAACAUUAAAGCUUGCAGCAAGAACAAGAAAUGCAAAUGAAAAUACUCUGAGCUGAGGUAAAAGACACACUUAACACAUUCUAGGAAUUCACCAUGCCUUUGAAAAACAAAGACAGAAACCUUACUACUUCUUGUAGUUGUUAACUUAUUCUCUGGAAGUCUGAGUUAUAUACAGACGUUCAAGAACAAGUGGCUAAGGUAGGAGCAGAAACAAAAUAAUUGUGGGUUUGUCACUUCUUUUAACAACCAUCAUUCUAAGAUAUGGUGCAUUGUUGCAUACGCUUACACCUAAAACAGAUUGUGUAAGCCUGUCUCAGAUGACAAAGUAUUUCAAAAUAGCUUUCAUUAUAAAAUGUUUUAAAGUGCAUUGAUUCAUUAUACCUACAUUGCAGCAACGUGUAUAGCUUUUUGAAAAAGAAUUGUUCAUUAUUUUGGGGAGCUGAUGCUGUUUAGAUUUGUAUGUUUCUUAAAGCAAAAUCGUUCUUUAUAUGCAUAUUUCUGCUGCAUGCUUGCUUUGCUUUUGACUUUGGUUACAAAAAUAGGUUUCAUUAUACCUUUUCUGAGUUGAAUGGGUUGUUCCUUAUUCUUGGAUUUGCCUUAUUUGAUAGGUUACAACACAGUCACAGAAAAUAAUUAAAUCAAAUACAUAGAAAAAACAAUUUAAGUUCAAUGUUGUAGUGCAUUGCUUGCAAAUGAGUUGUAACUAUUAGUACCUAAUGUGAUGGCUGAUGCCUUUUUUAAGUUGUGACAAUUUUCUGGUUUGUUAGUUUUCUCUUUUUCCUGUUUUUUCUUAUUUUUAUCUCUACCAUACUUAUGAUUUUAUUAAAACAACUGAUGCCUUCAUACUAUGAUGUUUGUUAACAAAAUGACAAAAAAAUAAAAGUGAACGUUGAUUCCAUGCCUGAAUACUUGUUAUUCUGUAAAAUGUUCGUUAUUAAAUGCCGUGAGAACUAAUGUC